GGUGGCAUGUCUACCAGUGUAUGAUGCUGAAGAUGGCGUGUUGUGGGAGCUGUUUGUGUUGUCAAUGCUGUUGUAGAGAGGGAGACACCAGAACACCAGAGGAGCUGACGAUCCUGGGCGAAACCAGAGAAGAUGAAGAUGAAAUCCUACCACGAAAAGACUACGAGAGUUUGGAUUAUGACCGGUGUAUUAACGAGCCAUACGUGGAGGUGUUGGAAGGGAUGGACAAUAAGAAAGCCAAAAAGUAUGAAGCUGUCAAGUGGAUGUUAGUGUUUGCUAUUGGAGUAUCUACAGGCCUGAUCGGCGUCUUUGUCGAUUUCUUCGUGCACCUCUUCACCCAGCUGAAGUUCAGACUGGUGGGAAAAUCUGUGGAGGAGUGCAGUGAAAACGGCUGCCUUGCUUUGUCAUUGCUUGAACUUCUAGCGUUCAACAUGGCGUUUGUGUUUAUCGCCAGCGUCCUGGUUCUGAUCGAGCCUGUGGCUGCUGGAUCAGGUAUUCCAGAAAUCAAAAGUUACCUGAACGGUGUGAAGAUCCCAGGAAUCGUGCGACUGCGCACUUUUAUCUGCAAAGCCGUCGGCGUUCUGUUCGCCGUAGCCGGAGGUUUGUUUGUAGGGAAAGAAGGACCCAUGAUCCACAGCGGUGCCAUUGUUGGUGCUGGACUUCCCCAGUUUCAGAGCAUCACCUUCAAGAGAAUCCGCUUUCAGUUCCCCUACUUCCGUAGCGACAGGGAUAAGAGGGAUUUUGUGUCUGCAGGCGCAGCAGCAGGGGUGGCUGCAGCAUUCGGGGCUCCUAUCGGCGGUACUCUGUUUAGUCUGGAGGAAGGAUCGUCUUUUUGGAACCAAGCUCUCACGUGGAAAGUGUUGUUCUGCUCCAUGUCAGCCACUUUCACUCUCAACUUCUUUCGCUCUGGAAUCAACUACAACAAAUGGGGAUCCUUCCAGCUGCCCGGCCUGCUCAACUUCGGAGAGUUUAAGUGUCCAGACGGAGAUAAGAAGUGUCAUUUAUGGACAGCGGAGGACCUGGCGUUCUUCGUGCUCAUGGGGUUUUUAGGUGGCCUCCUCGGCGCCGCGUUCAACUGCAUCAACAAGCGGCUCGCCAAAUACCGCAUGAAAAACGUUCACCCCAAAGCUAAAUUCAUUAGGGUGCUGGAGAGUCUGCUGGUGUGUCUGGUGACUACUGUGGUGAUUUUCAUGUCCUCCAUGACCCUGGGCGAGUGCAGGGAUUUAGUCUCCCCAGCAGCUAACAACACAACAGCACUACUUAGCGUGACAGCAAAUGAGGACGUGAACUCGACGAUUCGGCGGUUCUUCUGCUCCAAUAAGACCUACAAUGACAUGGCAACACUUUUCUUUAACCCACAGGAGACUGCAAUACACCAGCUGUUCCACCAAGAUGCCACCUUUAGUCCAGUCACACUCUCUCUGUUCUUUGUGCUGUAUUUUUUGCUGAGCUGUUGGACAUAUGGUGUCUCAGUCCCUAGUGGACUCUUUGUCCCUUCACUGCUCUGUGGAGCCUCUCUGGGACGCCUGGUGGCCAACGUCCUCAAAAUGAAUUUUGGUAUGCAGAUAUACUCAGGGACUUUUGCUCUGAUUGGAGCAGCUGCCUUUUUGGGAGGCGUCGUACGCAUGACCAUCAGCCUCACCGUCAUCCUCAUCGAAUCGACCAAUGAGAUCACGUAUGGCCUUCCCAUCAUGAUUACGCUAAUGGUGGCCAAAUGGACAGGAGAUUUGUUUAAUAAGGGAAUUUAUGAUAUUCAUAUUCAUCUGAGAGGAGUGCCGCUGCUGGAGUGGGAGACUGAAGUAGAAAUGGACAAACUAACUGCCAGUGACAUCAUGGAGCCCAACCUGACCUACGUGUAUCCACACACGCGCAUCCAGUCUCUGGUCAGCAUCUUGAGGACCACCGUGUAUCACGCCUUCCCCGUGGUCACCGAGAACCGGGAUAAUGAAAAAGAGUUCAUGAAGGGCAACAUCCUUAUCAGCAACAACAUCAGAUUUAAGAAAACAAGCGUGUUGACACGGGCAGGGGAGCAGAGGCGAAGGUGCCAGUCGAUGAAAUCGUACCCUUCCAGUGAACUACGUAACGUGUGUGAUGAGCAGGUGGGAGUGGAGCUAACUGAGGAAGGUCAGGACAUCCUGCAGCAGAUGCUGGAAAGAAGACACGCGCCGUACCCGAGUCUGUACCCGGACCAGUCCCCCAGCGAGGAGUGGAGUAUGGAGGAGAGGUUUCGCCCGCUCACCUUUCACGGCCUCAUACUGCGCUCGCAGCUCGUCAACCUGCUCAUACGUGGAGUGUGUUACACUGAAAAUCAGUCGAGCGCUUCUCAGCCACGGCUCUCUUACGCAGAGAUGACGGAGGAUUACCCACGCUACCCUGACAUUCAUGAUCUAGACCUCACCCUCCUCAACCCGCGCAUGAUAGUGGAUGUGACUCCGUACAUGAACCCGAGUCCGUACACAGUCUCUCCAAACACGCACGUGUCUCAGGUCUUUAACCUGUUCAGGACCAUGGGGCUUCGCCACCUUCCUGUGGUCAACGCAGUAGGAGAGAUAGUGGGAAUAAUCACAAGACAUAAUUUGACCCAUGAGUUCUUAAUGACGAAGCUCAGACAGCAUUCCAUCACCAUCUGAGAGGAGCACUCACAUCAUCUGGUAUCAGCUGCAGCUCAGAUGAACCCGUGUGUGUGUGUGUGUGUGUGUGUGUGUGUCAACUCCCACUGGGCCAGAAAUGCAGCUCUCACUGUUAAGCCAAUCCUGGGUACUUUUUGGACCACAACAACAUGGUAAAGCAUGUUGGUACUGACUGACAAAGACACACACACACACACACACACACACACACACACACAGGCAGACUGUAUCAUACUAAUUCAAAAACUGAAUCAUGAAUCUCCAGCCACAUUCCCAUGUGUGAGAUCUAAACAUUCGCCUUGCUUUAUGAACCUCACUGUAGCACUUUUUUUUUUUUUUAUUGAACGUUUUUUGUUUUUGUUACCAGACUUUUAUUUUUUUUUAUUUGUGUUAAUAUGUUCUUGCACUAACUGUUCAUUUCAACAGGAAUGUAAUGUAAGGCCAGAAGAGAAAAUUACAGUAUGGCAUUAUACUAAACAAUUUCUCAUAUCCCACUCUGCAGUAUUUCAUAUUUGAGUCACUGGUGUUGAAUUGGCAUCAAGUCUGAUAUAACAUCUCAUCUCUUUUUUAUUUUUAUUUUAAUAUUAAAUGAAUACAGCAGCAUUUUUUGGACAACUUGCUGUCUUAUCCCAUGUAUUUGUGAAGACGUCAGACAAUAAGUUACACUUGGACUGUUUUCCUGUACUGAGAACAGAACAAAAUACCAAGCCGCUGUUUUACGUAAGUGUGUUGCAGGCAUGAGGAAACGGAAUGAUGACGUGCUUCUCAUUUUUCCUCACGUGACUUUCUUUCGCUUUUCCAUAUUUCUUUUGCAGAUAUUGACGCUUUCACACACGUACUGUACACGUCUCUGCAUGUUCAGCUCUCCCGACUGCUCUCACUCUCCGUCCUCUCACUCAGGACUGCUAAGUCCAGAAACAAGAUCUAAAUCAGGAAAGUUUAGGAUACUUUACAAAUCGACAUGCAUUACAAAGUCAUAAUACAUGCAUCAGAGUUUCAAAUAUCAGCUUAUUAUUAGUUCUAGAAAUAUGACGACACUAAUUCUCAUUUUUUUUUGUUUUUUUUUAAUAUUUUAGACCCACAAUUGCAUUAAGUUUAAUUGAACUAUAAGAUUAAGACUUAAAGGCAACGCAGUGCCGUGACACUUGUGUAUAUUUUCUCCGCCCGUGUUUGGUUUUGAUGUCACUUUAAUCAACCUGACCAAGUCUGCACUCAUCAUGACAAAAGUAGCCUUUAUGACUGCUGUGUUUCUUUAUAUACACAGAAGAAAAAAUUGUUAUAGUGUCUGUGUUGGAGGGAUGGCAUACACACUUCACUUCCUCCUGUAACACAGAGCAUAACUAGCCAAUCGGUGAUGCAGCAUGAGCAGGCGGGUGAAAAGAUUGUGUGGUUGUUUAUUACAAUAAAAAAACACUAAUUCCCUAUUCUUGAAAUUACGGGUUUGAAAUGUACGGAAAAUCUUAAAUAAAGCAGCGUUUAGCUUCGUAAUCAUAGAGUUAACUUUUUUUUUUUCUCAGUACAGGAGAAAUGCCAGUGUGUCCACAUACUCUUCACACAUUGUAGCUACAGGAGGAAAAACAAUAAAGUAAUCAUUUAAAUCAUUUAAAAAUUAUUCCAUUUAAAGUGUACAGGAAGAAAUGACAAGUUUAGCUCUCUAAACCCUUCGAGGGACCAGCUUUAGUUCAGCUACAGUCAUUCUCGGGGAAUAAGAGUCACACUUUUUACCAGACUGGACUUCUGGACUGCCAGAGGAAAAAAAAAAUGUUGUCGGAGGGACCUUUCUCAGGGUGUGUCUGUAUUGACGAACCGAUAAAACUACUACAAAAGGAUAUUAAUGACAUGUCUAAUACUGUGAUAUAACAGUAGAAAAGCAUCCAUGUCAUUCACAUCCAUGCGGUGUAAUAAUGUGUAUAAUGUUUGAGAUUUAUGGAAUGAUUACGCUAAGCAUUUCUUUUUUUUUUAAAUUACUAUCAUUAUUAUUAUUUUUUAUGAUUUCUUUUUCUAUAUUUAAGAUUAAGCUUCUGUGAGAUUUAUUUGCCGAAUGAUGUUCGCAUUUUAAGCGCUUUGUUACGGAUCAAAUCAGUCAGUGUGAGUAAGCGAAAAGCUUCAGAGCGAAAAGUGCAAUCUCUGCUUUUUAAUCUAUCGCUCCAUCCGUGAUAUUCCGAGUGUUUGUAUUUUCCUCAAGCAGAUGAUGUAGACUAAAGGUUUUAAAGGAACUUUCCUGCAACUCCUCUGUUACAUGUAAAAGACUGGAAGUCUUCCCUCUGUACUUUACACCUUUUUUCAACUGCACUGUCUUUCAUCCAUGAUCAGUAUAGUAUUAGUCUUACAGUAUUAAACCUAUCAGUGGGUCUUGAAAGAAGCAAACAAACUCUGUCCAAUAUUUCCAACACUGGAUGAUUCAAGUUUUAUUGUUAGAUUUUAAAAGAUUCUGUAUUAUAGUCGUUUGCUUGAGAUUUAGAAAUUUAAGUUAGUAAUAAAGUCUUCAGAUGUGUUAUGAUUUAUUUUUUUUUUUUUUUAUGAUUAGUAAUGAUUUUUACCCCCAGCCUUUACUGUCAUCUGUACACACAUGCAUAUCUACAUACAGUACCAUGUCAGUUUUAUGAGGAAAUAAUUACCAUUUCUAAACUUUUGGCGAUCACAAAGACCUGACCAGCUUUUUAUCCAACACUCCGUGAAGGAAGACAUUUUUGUUGUUUGUUGUUGUUCCACGUGUCCUGCCUUGGUUUCUCUGUAAAUGACACACAUUGAGAGUGAUGCAAAGUCCUGUGCCUUGACCUGACUUAUAAUAAACAUUACUGCAAGCUCCUGAA